CACACUGUCUUCAGCUUUCAUUGAAUUUUCUUUGAAAAACGAAAAAACCGAAAAAAAACAGCAAGAACAUCUCUAUUGUUAAGAAAAAACAAGCUAGCUAACUAUUGUUCAAUUUGUGCAAGGUCUUACACGGAAUAAUCAACAACGUGGUGGAAAGUGCAGGUGUUUAACGCAAUAAAUAUACUGUUCGGAUUUCCAUCGAUUUUUGCUGUUCUAAGAUGUCCAGUUUCAAGCCAAUCGACGGAUCGAAGGAAGACUUCCGAAAGUAUUUGGAUCGGAAGGGAGUGCUAGAUGCCAUAACCAAAGUGCUAAUCAAAUGCAACUCAGAUCGUCCUGAGAACGCCAUAGAAUAUCUUCUGGAUAACUUGGGAGAAAGGCUGAAGGACAAGGAUACCAUUGCCAGGCUAGAAUGUGAACUGAACGAUACCCGAAAUGAAGUGGAAGUUUUGAAGCGAGAAAUCAAUGCAUUGAAGUUGAAUGUAGUGGAAUCGGGUAACAGCCAGCUCGGACCACAGCCAGGAGAAACUGCUCAAGAUAAUCUUGAUAUCACCGGGAGCAGUUCGGCAUUAGAUCUAGAGAACCCGUCCACCAAAACUGAAUCGGUUGAUGGAACAAUCAGCGACACAGCCGUAGCGAAAGUCCCAGAGGAUGCAGUUUCAGAUCCGAAAGAGUCCGUACAGUAAUGAUCAGUCAGCAUACCUUUCCUUUCACUUUAAUUCAGUUUCAGACGUGCUCACUGGAUGCUACGAAAGUAUAGAACUUCUAUGACUCAUAAUUUUGAAAUAUCGUAUUGGAUUUCCGAUUUUUAUUUGUAGUAAAUACUGGACAGGUAUAGAAAAUCAUAUCACGUUUGAUAAAAAAUAGUUGCGGAUAUUGUUCAAACUAUCCUUUAACGUGUAAAGUCCAAUGCAUCUAGAAUAAAAGAGCAGAGUACAAGAACAUCGUAAGCUUUUAGAUAAAUAGAGGAAACACAUUCCUUCGUAAUAUACAGUUUGAUUAGUGCUUUGGUCAAGAAUACAUAACAGUAGUUUUUCCCUAUACGGUAGUCUAGUCAAGAGAGGUAUGUAAAAAUAUAAAUAUUGAAUAUCUCAA